AUGGACGAGGAUGACUUUGACAGGAACAGCGAGGGGGACCGCGGCUACCGGAACAACAGCAACGAAAAGAGCCGGCGGCAGUUGGAGAAACGACCAGCUCGUCGGGUCGAGGAUGAUUUCGACGACGAUGAGUUGUUUGCAGAGAUGCGGACAGAUGCAGGAGACAAGGAGCGGCGCAGGACUCAGGCUCAGGGUCAAAGCAAGAAGCCGCAUAAAGGAACUGGUGGUUCUGGAGCUGAAACGCGUCGUGCUCGAGUGGAGGAGGAGGAUGAUGAUAUGGACGAGGAUGAAGAAGAGCGUGGGCCUACCUUCCGUCUUGAAACGUUGCAUGGCGUCUUUAAGGAUGUCUGGACAGAUCCAGCGACACGAGUGCAGAGAGACGCAUUGGAGAUGUCGGGCGAGUUUUUGAGGCUGUUUACGAUCGAGGCGUUGCAUCGAACGGCAGCGUAUCAGCGGGAACAGGAGGAUGAGGAGCUGAAGGAUGUUGAGACGUUGGUUGAGCUUGAUUCAUUAGAAGCUAUCGCCCCUCAGCUUGUCAUGGAUUUCUAG